AUGGAGAAACUCCCUGGAUUGAACCUUGAACGAGCAUUCUCUGAAUUUCAACUUGCGAAAAGAAAUCGAGUGCGGAUAGUCUUUGCUAAAGCUAUUCGCGAGUUCUACAGCUUCAAGCUUUCCCACCAUGACCCUGCUCGACGUAAUAUUAUCUGGGAUGAAGGAACCGAGCGAUGCUUCAUAGUCGAUCUUGAAGACGUUGAUGAGUUGGACCAUCCAGUCUUCAGCCCUCCCCGUUUUGAUCCGUGGAGUGAUUUUAGAGUAUGGGAGCUCUGCUCAGGAGAAUUGGAUCCAGAUGAAGCUAAUUAUGAUCAAAUGGUGCCUGGGCCACAAGAAGAGAUUGAGGAUACUGAUGAGGCGCUGUAUGCUCUAGCGGCUCGUACGAAACAUAUAUCAAAGUGUAGUGACAAUUUAGCGGCCAAGUUAAAUUGA